GGAGAGAAAGAGAGUGGGAGAGAGAGAGAGAGAGAGAGAGAGCACAGUAUGCCCUUGCCUCCCUCCUUCCUCUCUAUUAUAAAACUGAAAGGAGACUGAAAAGAGGAACAGUAGAGCUGGAAAACAAAGAAAGACACUGAAAGAGUGCGGCAUAGAAAGGACAGGGAGAGAGAGACGGGGUAAAAGAACGGGACGUGCGUGAAGAGAGAAAGCGAGACAGACAGAGCUCAGUGCAGCAGCAUCACCACUUCCACCACCUAAAUUCCAUAGCUACCUUUACUUCCUCCCUCCCUCCUCCUUUCUGUACUCCAUCUCCCCUGGUUCUCCCUCCUCCUCUCUGUACUCCAUCUCCCCUGGUUCUCCCUCCUCCUCUCUGUACUCCGUCUCCCCUGGUUCUCCCUCCUCCUCUCUGUACUCCAUCUCCCCUGGUUCUCCCUCCUCCUUUCUGUACUCUGUGUCCCCUGGUUCUCCUCUUCUCUGUCUACUACUAUUACCGACAGCAGGACCAUGGAUACAGGAAGCCCCAGGAAGAUCCAGUUCACCAUGCCUCUCCUGGACUCACACCUGGACCCAGAGGCUGCUGAACAGAUCAGAAGACGGCGGCCCACACCUGCUACUCUGGUAGCAUCCAGUGACCAGUCUUCUCCAGAAAUAGAUGAAGACCGUCUUCCAAACCAGUUAUACAAGGCAGCCUUGAUGAACUCUCCCAGGCAGAGGAGGAAGGGAGCAAGAGCCACGCCCACUAUGAAAGGUAAGAUCUCUCCCAGGCAGAGGAGGAAGGGAGCAAGAGCCACACCCACUAUAAAAGGUAAGAUCUCUCCCAGGCAGAGGAGGAAGGGAGCAAGAGCCACACCCACUAUAAAAGGUAAGAUCUCUCCCAGGCAGAGGAGGAAGGGAGCAAGAGCCACGCCCACUAUGAAAGGUAAGAUCUCUCCCAGGCAGAGGAGGAAGGGAGCAAGAGCCACACCCACUAUAAAAGGUAAGAUCUCUCCCAGGCAGAGGAGGAAGGGAGCAAGAGCCACGCCCAGUAUGAAAGGUAAGAUCUCUCCCAGGCAGAGGAGGAAGGGAGCAAGAGCCACGCCCACUAUGAAAGGUAAGAUCUCUCCCAGGCAGAGGAGGAAGGGAGCAAGAGCCAUGCCCACUAUGAAAGGUAAGAUCUCUCCCAGGCAGAGGAGGAAGGGAGCAAGAGCCACGCCCACUACGAAAGGUAAGAUCUCUCCCAGGCAGAGGAGGAAGGGAGCAAGAGCCACGCCCACUAUGAAAGGUAAGAUCUCUCCCAGGCAGAGGAGGAAGGGAGCAAGAGCCACGCCCACUAUGAAAGGUAAGAUAAUAUAGCUUAGAAACCCUUUUGUUCUGACACUAGUUUGAUAGUUUCUUUGAGACCGGCGUAUAGUCAUCCUCCCACACACCAUAACAUGGGGCGAGUCACUCAUCCUCCCACACACCAUAACAUGGGGCGAGUCACUCAUCCUCCCACACACCAUAACAUGGGGCGAGUCACUCAUACUUCCACACACCAUAACAUGGGGCGAGUCACUCAUCCUCCCACACACCAAAACAUGGGGCGAGUCACUCAUCCUCCCACACACCAUAACAUGGGGCGAGUCACUCAUCCUCCUACACACCAUAACAUGGGGUGAGUCACUCACUGCAAGCAGCUUGGACUGUAACGAGUGUGGUUAAGAAGGCUGUGCUGGUUGAUUAGAGCUAAUUAAUGAAAAGGACUGAUGAUGCUCUUCACCUAUCGAACCGUGUUAUGACUUCAUAAUAGCUUUAAUUAGAACUCUGACACAUGAUUUGUCAACGUUGACU